AUGCGUUUUUCACUUAUUACAUUUAUUCUCACCACGCUUGCGACAUUUUGUAAAGCCGAUGUUGAUAUUAGUUCUCCAAGUUCGUCUACAUCUGUGACUGCAGACAGUGGAGAGGUUUCAAUUUCUAUUGCUUGGAAGGAUGAUGGAUCGUCUCCCGAUAUUUCUGAAGCAAGUACCUUUACAUUUAAACUUUGUACAGGUCCAAACUCUGAUAUCGUUUCUGUCGCUGUGUCGAGUGCUGUUUCUGCUUCGUCGCUUAGUGGAAAUAAGUACAGUGCCAAGUUUGAUGCAUCUAAAUAUUCCUCAGGUAAAUUCUACAUCCAAGUUUAUACAACGUUUAGUACGGGAGGAUAUUCCAUUCACUACUCCCCUCGUUUCAAGAUUACCGGCUUGACGGGAAGUACCGCGGCUUCUGGUUCGGGUGAUUCCCCAGAUGCACAAUAUUCGCUUCCUGCGUCUUCUGUUAAUUCCGCAUCGUUUUCCGUUCCAUACGUCUCGCAGACUGGAAAAACCAGAUAUGCUCCAAUGCAGAUGCAGCCUGGUUCCACUGUAACUGUGACUACAUGGUCAAGAAGAUUCCCUUCUUCGGCAGUUACCUAUUAUUCCACUUACAAAAAGUCACCCGUCGUGCUAUCAACAAUUACUCCAGGUUGGUCUUACACUAUGGAAUCAUUAGUGAACGAUGCUACUCCAGCUCCAUUUCCAAGUGCUGUUGGAUGGUAUCCCGCAAGUAAGAGACUUCAAAGCGCCAGUUUGGAGGGCUCUGCUAGGACUAUUAAGAAGAGAAGAUGGGACGAUUAG